GCGGCGGCGUGUGGAUGGAGGCCUCGGCCCCCGACCGGGCGCGGCGGGGCUGGCGGCGGGCCCGGGCCGCAGGCUCCCCCCUCUCCCGGGCCGCGGUGGUCCUCCUGCUCUCCGCGCUGGUGCUGCGGGCGCCCCCGUCAGUUGGAUAUUUGGAUCGAUUACCAAGAAGUUUUCACUUGACCCAAGAAUCAGCGAAAAUAGUGGGAUCACCAAAUUUUCCAGUGAAAGUAUAUGUUAUGCUCCAUCAAAAGAGUCCACAUGUGUUAUGUGUAACCCAGCGGCUGCGGAAUUUUGAACUGGUAGACCCAUCAUUCCAGUGGCAUGGGCCAAAAGGAAAAAUCGUUUCAGAAAACAGCACUGCGCAGGUAACCUCCACGGGAAGCCUUGUGUUCCAGAACUUCGAGGAGAGCAUGAGUGGCGUUUACACCUGCUUCCUGGAAUAUAAACCUACUGUGGAAGAAGUCGUUAAAAACCUUCAACUGAAAUAUAUUAUAUAUGCUUAUCGUGAGCCCCGCUAUUAUUACCAGUUCACCGCUCGAUACCACGCGGCUCCCUGCAAUAGCAUCUACAAUAUUUCUUUUGAGAAGAAACUUCUUCAGAUUUUAAGCAAGUUAGUUCUUGACCUUUCGUGUGAAGUUUCCCUGCUCAAGUCCGAAUGCCAUCGUGUUAAAAUGCAAAGAGCUGGUUUGCAAAAUGAAUUGUUCUUUACAUUUUCAGUUUCAUCUCUAGACACUGAAAAAGGACCCAAGCCAUGUGCAGGCCAUAGUUGCGAAUCUUCCAAAAGGCUGUCGAAGGCUAAAAACCUCAUAGAAAGAUUUUUUAAUCAACAAGUAGAAGUUCUGGGCAGGCGUGCAGAGCCAUUGCCAGAAAUAUACUAUAUCGAAGGUACUCUCCAGAUGGUCUGGAUUAACCGCUGCUUUCCAGGGUAUGGAAUGAACAUCCUGAAACAUCCGAAGUGUCCUGAGUGCUGCGUCAUCUGCAGCCCUGGAACUUAUAACUCCCGUGACGGAAUUCACUGCCUUCAGUGCAAUAGCAGCCUGGUGUUUGGAGCAAAAGCAUGCUUAUAGGCCAUUAUUUUGAGUUCUUUGGUGACUUAUUAAACACAAAAAUAUAUAUUUGAAAUUUUAAUAUAUAAUAAAUUGCUAUUGUG